UUCCUACCAGCACAGUUUGGAACCUACUAUAAAACCCAACGCUGGACGCCCAUCGCUACAUUAGAAGAUAUAGAGAGAGAAGCAUCUAUUAUUCAUACUUUCAUAUUUCUAUCCGGAUAAAGUCCCCUCAGUGCACGUCGGAACUUCUGACGACUUAGCUUAGCUCGCUGGCAGCUAACAAAGACACACGCUAGUUAUCAACGCAAAGUACAAGUUCGAGUGUCGAACCUUGUUCACUCUCGUGUGAAAAUGUGCGCGAAACGCGUGAAAGAAGAAGAGUACGAGGAGGAAGUCUGUGCGCAGAAAGCGAGCGAGCGACGAGGUCAACAACGACUGGACGCCGUCUGCAAGAAGUCUCGAGUGGAGCCCCGCGGAAAAGACUGCACGGAAGAGGAUCUUCAUUUUGAGCAGCGGGAGCCCGAUCGCCCUCAAAUUCAGGAUGGCCAGCCGCAGGAGGAUAUCACAGCGUUUCCAUCGACUGGCAUCGUCGUCAAGAGUGAAGAAGAGGAGGAAGAGGCUCUCCGCAAUCAAGGGGAAGCGCAGCUGCGGUCUCCUGGCAUGAAACAGGAACAGGAUGAAGAGCCCCUACACCUAAAAGAGGAAGAGGGGGAUCUCACAGGGUGGCCCGUGACCUUUGCCCCUUUGAAGAGCGAAGAUGGUGAGGAUGAAGGUCAACGUUGGGAGAGCAGGGCGGCGGGGCUUCUCAGCGGCGGCGGGAGCUCAAAUCAACGGGGGACAGCAGAAGGUGAUGGCACGUCACAAACAGAUGGCCUCCUCGCUCCAUUAUCAGAUAGCGACCCCGCGACGUCACACACCGAUGACGACGACAACGAUGAAUCUGAUGAAGCUGCGACGGCAUUUCAUACCGACAGCAAGCGCUGUAAAUGCCGUCAGUGUGGGAAAACCUUUGCGGACCGCUGGGUUUUGAAACGGCACAUGAGAAUACACACCGGUGAGAAACAUUUUGCCUGCUCGGUUUGCAGUCAGAGGUUCGCGUAUAAGAGUCAUUUGACAAAACACACCAUCACGCACACCGGCGAGAAACCUUUUGCCUGCUCAGUUUGCGGCCAACGAUUCUCCGUCAAGAGAGACUUAAGAAAUCACACCAGAAUCCACAGUGGGGAGAAACCUUUUUCCUGCUCGGACUGUGGUCAGAGAUUCUCUCUGAAGGGAAACUUAACGAUACACUCCAGAACACAUACGGGGGAGAAACCUUUUGCCUGCUCUCUGUGCGCUCAAAGAUUCUCCCAUAAAAGUCAACUGACCGUGCACACUAGGACUCACACCGGUGAGAGACCGUACGCGUGCGCAAUCUGUGGUCAGAGUUUCUCUGAAAACAAAGAUUUGAGGGAACACUUAAAAACGCACACUGGCGAGAAACCUUACGCCUGCGCCGUUUGCGGCAACAGUUUCUCUUACAAGGGACAUUUGACCAUCCACACCAAAAUACAUACUGGGGAGAAGCCCUUCACCUGCUCAAUUUGUGGCCAAAUCUUUACUCGCAGAGAUGAUUUGACGAGCCACACGAGAACACACACGCAGUAAGUCGAGAAGGCCGUGACAUGCCCGCCUGCCGACUCCAUGCACUUGUACCGUAUGCAGGCUACGUUGUGUCUGAGAGAAUGCAGACGAAUAAACAGCUGAAAGGGAA